CUUCUCCCUUUCUCCCACUCAAAGCCGUAUCGAGGAUUUGUCCACGGGACCCGUUGGAGAAUGGAACACAAUUUCAAAAAUCAGUAGACUACACAUUUACAUUGGACGUUGGAUUAAGGAAUGCGGGCGAAAUGAAGUUAAUAUGAGGACCGCUCUAAUUACUUAGACACAUUUUUGGAUUUGCGGAUACUGUGCAUUAAGACUCUCGUCUAUUAGGGUUACAAGGUGACUGUCUGUCAUGAGAUCCUCGGCGUCCCGCCUGUCAAGUUUUUCCUCAAAAGAUUCUUUAUGGAACCGGAUGCCGGAUCAGAUAUCGGUAUCCGAGUUUCUCUCCGAGACGACGGAGGAUUACAACUCCCCUACGACAUCCAGUUUCACUACACGGUUGCAGAGCUGCAGGAACACGGUCGGCGUUUUGGAGGAGGCAUUGGACCAGGACCGGACUUCACUGCAGAAAGUCAAGAAGUCGGUUAAAGCCAUCUAUAGCUCUGGUCAAGAUCAUGUGCAAAAUGAGGAUAUCUACGCUCAGGCUCUUGACAAGUUCGGCAGCAACUUCAUCAGCAGGGACAACCCUGACCUGGGCUCGGCCUUCGUCAAGUUCUCCACCCUCACCAAGGAGCUGUCCACCCUCCUGAAGAACUUGUUGCAGAGCCUGAGCCAUAAUGUGAUCUUCACGCUGGAUUCCCUAUUGAAGGGGGACCUGAAGGGAGUGAAGGGGGAUUUGAAGAAGCCCUUUGACAAGGCAUGGAAGGACUAUGAAGUCAAGUUUACCAAGAUCGAGAAGGAGAAACGGGAACACGCCAAGCAGCACGGAAUGAUCCGGACUGAGAUCACCGGAGCCGAGAUUGCAGAGGAGAUGGAGAAGGAGCGCCGGCUCUUCCAGCUGCAGAUGUGUGAGUACCUGAUCAAAGUGAAUGAAAUCAAGACCAAGAAAGGGGUAGACCUUCUUCAGAACUUGAUCAAGUACUACCACGCACAGUGCAAUUUCUUUCAGGAUGGCUUGAAAACUGCUGACAAGUUGAAGCAGUACAUUGAGAAGUUAGCUGCAGACCUCUACAAUAUAAAGCAGACACAGGAUGAGGAGAAGAAACAGCUUACUGCUUUGAGAGACCUCCUUAAGUCCUCCCUACAAAUCGACCAUAAAGAGUCUAGGAGAGACUCUCAGAGCAAGCAGGGUGGCUACAGCAUGCACCAGCUACAGGGCAACAAAGAGUUUGGCAGCGAGAAGAAAGGCUAUCUCAUGAAGAAGAGUGAUGGGUUACGGAAGGUGUGGCAGCGGAGACAGUGCUCAGUGAAAGGAGGGAUUCUCACCAUCUCCCAUGCCACAUCUAACAGGCAGCCCGUGAAGCUAAACCUGCUCACAUGCCAGGUCAAGCCCUGUGCUGAAGACAGGAAGUGCUUUGACCUCAUCUCCCAUAAUCGCACAUAUCAUUUUCAGGCAGAGGAUGAACAAGAGUUUGUAAUCUGGAUCUCAGUGCUGACCAAUAGUAAGGAGGAUGCUCUGAACAUGGCAUUCCGUGGCGAGCAGAGCACCGGAGAGGACGGCAUGCAGGACCUGACCAAAGCCAUCAUCGACGACGUGCUUCGCAUGCCCGGCAAUGAGGUGUGCUGUGACUGCGGAGCUUCAGAUCCAAAAUGGCUGUCCACUAACCUGGGGAUCCUGACCUGUAUCGAGUGCUCAGGCAUCCACAGGGAAAUGGGCGUGCACAUCUCACGCAUCCAGUCAAUGGAGCUCGACAAGCUGGGCACCUCUGAACUCUUGCUGGCGAAGAACGUAGGAAACAGUAGUUUCAACGACAUCAUGGAAGGCAACCUUCCAUCUCCGAAGCCCACCCCUUCCAGUGACAUGACUGUGAGAAAGGAGUACAUCUAUGCUAAGUACGUCGACCACAAGUUUGCCCGCAAGACCUGCAGCUCGGCAGCGGCCAAGAUGAACGAUCUGUUCGAGGCGGUGCGGUCACGCGACCUGCUGGCCCUCAUCCAGGUGUAUGCUGAAGGGGUGGAGCUCAUGGAGCCACUCACAGACUCCAUACAGGAGGCCGGCGAGACUGCACUACACUACUCUGUGCGGACAGCUGACCACACCUCUCUGCACCUGGUGGACUUCCUGGUCCAGAACAGUGGGAACCUGGACAAGCAGACAGAGAGGGGGAACACUGCUCUGCACUACUGCUGCAUGUACCAGAAACAUGAAUGCCUCAAACUGCUGCUGAGGGGCAAGCCGGCCACUGAUAUCACCAAUCAGAAUGGAGAGACUGUCCUCGAUGUUGCUAGGCGAUUGAGGAACAGCCAAUGUGAGGAGGCGCUGGUGCAGGCUGUUGCAGGGAAGUUUAACCAGCACGUUCAUGUGGAGUAUGAGUGGAACUUGCGUCUGGAGGACCUGGAUGAGAGCGAUGAUGACUUGGAUUACAAGCCGAGCCCGAUAAAAAAGGACCGCUCCCCGCGUCCCCAGAGCUUCUGCCACUCAUCCAGCCUCUCCCCCCAUGACAAGCUCUCCCUGCCCAGCUUCCUGGGGUCGCGUGACAAGCAGCGCCUCUCCUACAGCGCCUUCACCAAUCAGAUGUACAGCGCCUCAACUGACGUGCCCUCCUCUCCCGGCACCGAUGCCCCACCCCUGCCCCCUAGGAACGCAGGCAAAGCCACCCCUCCGUCUGGCCUGUCUCCCUCCACCCUCCCCAAUACCACCCAGUCCCCUGGCGGGGGCAGCACUUCUACCCUGUCCAAGAAGAGACCUCCUCCCCCUCCCCCCGGGCACAAGCGUACCCUCUCCGAUCCACACACCCCUCUCUCCCACACACCCCUGAUCAAAGGUGGACACCCCCAGGGUGAGCCUGUUGGGCUGUCCCCCAGAGAACCAGGGAGUGACUCUACACCACCACCUAUCAGUAAAAUGUCACCUCUCUCAAACAAGUUUGAGGGCAUUCCACAGGAGCAAAGCACUACGUCUUGCCACACAAAGUCUACACUUGGCCCAAGGGUUCUUCCCAAACUACCUCAGAAAGUGGCACUGCGAAAGAUUGACACCAUCCACCACAUGUCUGUGGACAAGACCAACCAGCCUCAUGAAGUCUUUCAAAAGUCUCCUGAAAUCUUUCAAAAGUCUCCUGAAGUCUUUACAAAAUCUCCUGAAGUCUUUCCAAAAUCUCCCGAGGUCUUUCAAAAAUCUCCCGAAGUCUUUCAAAAAUCUCCUGAAGUCUUUCCAAAAUCUCCCGAGGUCUUUCAAAAAUCUCCCGAAGUCUUUCAAAAAUCUCCUGAAGUCUUUCAAAAAUCUCCUGAAGUCUUUCAAAAAGCUCCUGAAGUCUUUCAAAAAUCUCCUGAGGUCUUUCAGAAGUCACCGGACGUGUUCCACAAGUCUCCGGAGGUAUUCCCGAAAUCGCCACAGGCACCCGAGCCACCCCACAAGGUUGCGUUACCUGACAAGCCACACCUGAGUGACCUUCCUCCCAAGCCGCAGUCAGCAGACCUACCCCCGAAGCCUGGGGAACUGCCCCCAAAACCGCAUCUAUCCGACUUGCCCCCCAAGCCCAACUUAGGAGAUCUGCCACCCAAACCCCAGCUGAAGGAUCUACCCCCCAAACCUCAGCUUGGGGAUCAUUCCCCAAGGCCUGGGCCAGUGGAGCACCCCCACAAGCCACCUCCCGGGGAGAUUGCCCCAAAGCCGCAGCCGCCCGACACACCAGCAGCUAAUCAGCGUGGAGAUAAAUCACCGCACCCCACCCAGCCCUCCAGCGAGGACACCAAUGGGAGUCCAGUGUCAGCUCCAGAGACGCCUGUCCCGUUGCCGAGAAAGAUCAAUAUGGCAAAGGCAAAAACUCGAAGGGUGAAGACCAUCUACGACUGCCAAGCAGAUAACGAGGAUGAGCUGACCUUUGUGGAGGGUGAGGUCAUUAUUGUGACAGGAGAGGAGGACCAGGAGUGGUGGAUUGGGCACAUUGAAGGGUUCCCGGACAGGAAGGGAGUGUUUCCCAUGUCCUUCGUCCACAUCCUAUCUGACUGACACCCAGACGAUGUCGACCACCCCUAAAGGCCCCUCCCUCCACAAGCCUGGGUCUUUCCACCCCACACUUUGGUCACAGAGGGCAACACUGUAAAUAGCUGCUGAAGCGAGCAUCACGAUCAAACCGAUAUGGAAUACACCAAGAUAAACCCGGAACACCCUGCCCUCUGUUCACUCUCGCUCACAAAUUGGUGAAACUACUCCCCCCCCCCCCCCU